UACGAGAGGAUCAAUUCAAACAGUGUUCAGUGGCGUUUUCGUGUUCACCUUCAUCAAAGCUUUUUAUUAAAUCAGACUCCCAUCGAACCCAGCUAUAUACAACUCAAAAUGGCUUACCGUUUCGCGUGUAUCCUGCUGACCGUGGCCCUCUGUGCCGUUCCAACGCUGAGCUUCUCGGCCGGUGCCCCGAACGGUGCCUGUGGUGAUAUGGUCCCGCAGCAUCACACCGACCCUCAGAAAUCGGCUGCACCGUACCAGAUCAUCCUUUCGAAGAAGCAGAUUAGAGCUGGCGAAGGUGUCACGAUCACUGUGCAAGGUAACAGCGCCAAGGACACGAUCAAGGGACUGCUCUGCCAGGCGCGCGUAGGUGAGACACCAGUUGGUGCAUUCGACGUGCCACCGAACAACAACUACGUCCAGAAGCUGGACUGCGGCAAUUCCAAGGCGUCGGCCAUCACACACAAGAAGAUUGAAAACCCACCGAACGCUAUCACCUUCAACUGGAUCUCCCCGAAGGGACUGAGCGAGCAGGCGCAAGUUUACUGCACGAUCGCACUCAACGGAGGCGUAUUCUGGGUGAAGCACACGUCUGAUUUCCUGAAGGUAAACUAAGCAAUUAUUUGAAGAUACGCUGAGCCAUGGUGGUCCCGGUGACCUACCGUGAAAAGGGAAGCAGUAUUAGGAGACCUAACUGAUUUCCAUCAGGAGGCAGUCUGUUUUGUUUUUACUCAACCGGACAAUUAUCAUUAACUUACGUUUACCAUCCUGUUUUACCUGAAUGACAAUAAAUACGAUCAUCGUCUAUUAUGAACAUUAAAUACAAACUGCAUACUU